UUCGGAAAACAUAAACAAACAAGUCGAUAAGCAAAACAUGUCUUUUAAUAUUAGAGAGAAGCUAGAUAUUGCCGAAAAUAAGCUAAAAUUACGUCAUCAAGACACUUCGGAAAGUGGAAAGGGCACUGUCGAAAAACGCACAACCUCGGAGUACUGUGAAAAGUUGCAGGGGUGGAUGUGGCAGUACUACACUGCAAAUGUGAACUGGCAAAGUUGGCUGGCAGUGUCUGCUCCUCCGUAUUUUGCACCGCAACCAUUCACAGCACCCGUCUGGCCAGCGGAUUUCCCAAAUUUUGAUGCCCAGAACUGGUAUAAUAAUCCAUUCGGACUCCCCUUAACGCCGUAUCCACCCGCCAUCCCCGCGGCUGGAAUUCCGCCAGGGGAAACGGCUGGGAAUGGUGCUGUGGCCACUUCAGUACCAGCGCAACAACAACCACAACAGAACGGCAAUGCACAACGGCCAGGUCGAGAAUACGGUAUUCCCUCUCCUCUUCAAAGGUUCAUGGCUGAAAUUGUGGAUUUCUUCAUUCUGUUCUUCAUCAAAGCAACCAUUAUUCUCAGCAUCAUGCAUCUGAGUGGGAUGAAGGACAUUUCCAAGUUUGCCAUGCAUUUCAUUGUGGAGGAAAUAGAUGAAGACACGUCCAUGGAGGAACUCCAGAAGAUGAUGCUGGUCGCCCUGGUCUACCGGAUAUUAGUUUGUUUCUAUGAGAUUGUGUGCAUUUGGGGAGCAGGGGGCGCCACUCCAGGGAAGUUUCUCAUUGGUCUCAGAGUGGUCAGCUGUGAUUCCUCUGUCCUGGUUCAACCCAACCGGGUCCUUGUGGUGCCUGCCACUAACGUUAGUCUCUCUGCGUCAACAGUCCGAGCCUUGAACAAAAACUUCUCCAUUGCCUUCUUGUUCCCGGCCUUCAUCACAGUCUUCUUCUUCCAGCACAACAGGACUGUGUAUGACAUGGUGGCUAGCACUAUCGUUGUCAAGCGCACCGGAGCCAGAUGACCAUUCUGAUUGGUUAAGGCCUGGCUGGGACUGGCUACGAUUUUAUUUGAAGAGGUACAUGUUGCUAUCGACCCUCCGGUACAGAGGUGGCUGGUGAGGGGAGGACGUCUCAUAAUAAUGGCUGGAAUUGAUUGAAUGGAAUUGUAUCACAUGGAAACCAUAAAUUCCGUUCCAUCCAUUACUAUGAGUCCAUCCUCCGAUUGAAAGUGUCACCACAGCUCCAGUACUAAGGCAGCCUAGUGUCACUAGGCUUUGGGGAGACAACAGAACUGGGAACCACUCUGCAAUAACAAUGAGGGGGAAAAAGCUCUGCAUAAGGCUUAGGACAGAAAAUACAGUAUGACAUCAUCAGUAACUAGGUCCCUCUCACAGCUCUUGUAUGUGAUGUCAGAGUUUGUUUCUCAACUACUGUACUCUGGUUUUGUUUUUGUGACAAAUCUGUGGAAUAGAUUCUACCCUUUUUGAUUUGUGCAAUGGUAGUAUGUAAAUUAGCACCCAAUCAGUUAGAAAGCACUGAGGAAUCAACGUAACCAUUUUUUUCAGGAAAUGUUAUUAAAUGUUUUAAUUGAAUUGCCUUUGGAUUUUCAUUUAAUAAUUUUGAAAUCCAAUCUUCAAUUCAUUUUCUAAGAUAAGGAAGUGGAAGAUGAGAACAGUUAUUUAGUUGUUUUAGCCUAUCAGCAUAUUGAUGCAGUUUUAUUAUUUGGCUUAUCUUAAGAUAUUGCUUGGUAACAUUCCAAUACUCCUAGAAUCACAACAUGCUAAUGUUUUGGUUGACAUUUCCCUCGGGUCUAUGGGUAGAUUAUUGUCUAAUCAUUACCUGGUUACAACUAGACACUACUUUGGUUGUUGUCAUCAGACUAGAAACAUUGAUUUAUUUUAGACCUGUUAACGUAACAGAACACCUGGGCUGAUUCAGUAUAGACUUUCAGGUGUAUUAUCUCCAUGCUCAAGAGGAUAUGACAUGUGUUUCAGUUAAUAUACUAUCUGAUCUAACAUGAAAAACACAUUUGUUGCUUAGUACUGUAUUUAUGUUUGGAAUUUCAGUCGUAAUUGAAUGGCUCUCUAAAUGAUUCCUUGUACUUUGUAACAUGAGAUACUGUACCAAAUACCAGAAAGUUGGAGUGAGUUGCAUGUAGUUCUCCAUCACUUCAUUAAGCUAUUUUACCACAGUCUGUAUUGAUAUAGUAGCAUUUUGACAUUAUUUUUGACAUACUCAACAAGUAUUUAGGGGGAUCUUAAUGAUUGGUUUAAUCUUAUAGAUGUACCCAUGACCACCAAACUUGUCACCAUGUCCAAUUUAGCCACUGAGAUUGAAACAUUUUGAGUGCUUCAAGCUGACAAUAUUAUGAAUUGUCUGUCACAGUAAAUACUUCUACCAUAUGGGGUGCCAAUAGGGUUUCAAUUCAGGUAAUUUUUCAAAUAUUCCCAGGUUUUCCAGAAAUCCCAGUUUGAAGAUUCCUGAAUUCUGAAGGGAAUAUGCAAGAAAUCCAGAACCCUUUGGCAGGAUUUCUGGAAAGCCCGGUGAAUACCUGAGUAUUGAAAGCAGAUGUAGUAUCACUUUUUCAGAAUUGGAUGUCAGCUAACUAUGAUUCUCAUUUCUGUUGCUGUUGUUUUAAGUCCAAAGUGACAAAAUCACCUGUCUUCCUAAUGUUACCUUUCCAUGGUUGUCAAUUUAAAAUAUUUGCCUUGA